AUGAAAACUAAAUCGCAUGCAAAUGCGAUGAUCCAAACAGAAAAAUCUACCGAUCUUGUUGACUUAGAGACAGUAAUUCGAGACUGGGCCAAGAAAAUUUUCGAAGUCACAAAAACUCGCGAAGAAGCCAAAAUUAGCAAAAAAUAUCUGCAAUACAAUAUAAAUUGGUCACAUUUAAAUAGCCAGUACUUGGAACCGAUAUAUACAGUAUCAGGAAUAGAUCAACGACAGUGUUUUCAACCAAAAAGUGAGCAGGUUUUGUUUAAAUCUACAUUUACAAAUGGUACAGAACGAGCUCAAGAAUAUUCGUUCAAAACACAGCGAUGCACUCGAAGUACUGCAACUAUCGCCAUUGUAAUUAGUAAUCGUAUUUUUUUACUAGAAAAAGGCAUACGUCGCGGCAUGGAAAUGCAGUUAAAAUUGAAAACUCCAUUUGAAAUUCUCAAAGCAAAUGCUGGAUUCCAUAAUGAGAUCAGCAUUUUGAAAAUUGAUGAAGAUACUGUAGAAGAGGAACUUACAUGGAGUGUUGACAGUACAAUCAAAGUACCGCCAUUUUGUAAGACUGUCGCUGAACUGGUUAUUCUCGAAGACAACUUGAGCAGGAAUUUUUCAAUGGUGAAUCGAAUUUCGGGACGGAUUGUGGUAACAGUAAUGAAUAUGAAAGAUAACAACAGCUUAGUAACAAUUAUCGAAGGAAAACUAGCAGAUAUCAUUCGAGAUUUGGCAAAUUAUCAAGCACUUGGCUUCGUUAUCCAAGGAGAUACUGUACUGUACACUACAAAAGGUACGUGUAAGUUUAAAUAUGGCGUGGAGCAAAUAGUAAAGUUAAAGGAGCAUCCAAUGAAGGAAUAA